CAUCUACAGUCUCACCGGUCACCUAGAACCCAAGCUCUUACAAUGCCAGAGCUAUUUGGUAUGCCAUUGCUGAGCGGUCCCCCACCGCCUUCUACUAGCUCCAGGGCGGACAUCUGCUGCAGGAAAUGUAACAAAGAGUUCAAUAUCCUAUUUACGCGCGCACGACGGUGCAACCAUUGCGGUUACUCGUAUUGCUCAUCGUGCUCAGAUUAUCAGGCUCUCAUGCCGCGAUCAGGCUCAGAAUCAGGCUAUCAGCCCAUGCCUGUGUGCUCAUUCUGCAUCGAGAAUCUGAAUAUUACGGCUGGCGGUAAAUCGUACCUCAAGGGCCUGUCUCUCGCUCGGCUCAAGAAAUACGUGGAUGCGUAUAACAUCAAGGUCGAGGGAAUCUUAGAGAAGGACGAACUGAUAUCCAGGAUCAUAGCGUCCAGAAGAGAUAAUGGGUGCUUACCGCCCGCUAACGAGGACUUUUACAGGAAGUAUUCGGUCCCUGUCAGGCAGGGAAGCCGUUCACGGGGAUUGUUCAGCCGAACACUGGGCCAAGACCGGCCGUUCGAAGCGACGCCUCCAUCUCGUCCUCCACCGCAGAAUCCUUCCUCGACAUUCGCGCGACCCGAUCUCGACCCGUCGCAGAGACAUAACGUGCCACCGCCACCGCCGAGACCGACAGCCCGAGCGCAAGCGCAACAAGCUUACAAUCAGCCACGCACGGCUCCGUAUUCAACGCGACAGCCUCCCCCGCCUCAUUCUCCGAGACCACAGUACCCCCAACACAAUAGCGCGACGCCACCACACUACCGCCCGAAUACGGCGCAUCCCGGUGCACAAUCGGCAAGCAAUAUGCCGGGCCGCUGGGGUACCCCGCCCUCACGCCCGGCGUCCGCAGCACCCGCUGUGCCGCCUCAGCCCCGCGCACCAGUCCCCACACUCGAGCAAUUGAUGAACAUGACUGAGGACGCGAUCGCGCAGAUGUCGAUCGGGACGCUGAAGAGCGUACUGUUCCAAAACCAUGUCAACGCCCGCCUGUUGCUCGAGAAGAGCGAUCUAGUCGCAAAGGUGCGUGCGCUUGUGACGGACGAGCGACGUGAACGCGAGCGCGAGGCUGCAUUGAGGGCAAGAGAGGAGCAGGAAAUCAUCGAGAGGCAGCAUGCGAUGAUGGAGGAGCAUCGAAUGCGGGAGGAACAGCUGCGAUUGGAAAGAGAGGCGAGGGAACGAGAGGAAUCGGAGAGGGCAAGGGCUGGUGAUUCUGGUGCGGAAGAGCGCGAUAUACCUGUUCAAGAUGAUGGGGAAGCCGGUGUUCCACUGGAGAAGCCAGGUGACUCCCCGCGCGGUGGGGAUGCGAAGACGUCCAGUCCAGUCGGACCCUCCAUAAGCUCUAGUUUAGAACGGAGCGGGCUUUGUAUUAUCUGUCAGGACGAGGAGGCGAACAUCGCGAUCGUAGACUGCGGACACCUUGCGAUGUGUCGUGGCUGUUCGGAACUCGUGAUGUCGUCCUCGCGCGAGUGCCCCUUGUGCAGGACGCGAAUCGUGACGGAGGGGCGGUUGCUGCGGAUAUUCAAGACGUGACGCGCUGGGUGCUUAUUAGACUUAAUUUGUUUGUCUCCGAGUUCCGCACCGUUGCCCGUGCAUUCUCUGUCAUUUAUGUUGACGUUGGGCCUGGCGGCUGCAGGUGAUUAUGUGCGGGGUCGAAGGAGUUCUUGUGCGAUGAUUGGCCGUGUACGAGUCGAUAGCAACGAAUGUGUCAUGGCGGGGCUGACCCCACAUCUUC